CUGCUCACAGAGGACUCUCCAUGGCUUCUCCCUUCCCACGCACGGCCAGGGUCCAAUCCAAGGCGAUACACAAGCCUCUGCUGGCGGCUUCCACUCCUCCCCGUCUCUCGCCGACCAGGGCACUAAGUUCUCAAAGACUUGCAUCAUGAAGGCUGCACAGUUUGGACCUUGGUCAGAUCUUCCUACCGAACUCCUGGGCCUUGUCCUAAAGCGCCUCGAUUCCCUAGCUGACCGUGUUCGUCUGAGAGCAGUCUGUCAACCAUGGCGCUCUAAUAGUAUGUUGCAGAAUCUCCCCCUCCCAUUCCCUUGGCUCACCCUCACCGAUGGAACCUUCCUCAGCAUCCCUGGCAAGGUUCACCGCAUGCCUCUACCAGAUGGUGCUCGUUGGCACGGCUCCAUUGAUAACAGGCUAUUCCUCAUGAGCUGUGAUGGUGCGUGUUCAUUGCUGAACCCUUUUUCCAAGAGCACACUGGAGCUUCCUAAUCUUGCCAGUGUUUGGCAGCGCGAGAUAGAUAACCAUGCUGAAUAUACUGAUGAUCCAGUUUCCUAUAAGUUACUGGCGCCCUCGCCGCUGGAAUCAUCACCCAAGUCCCUUGCUGCUGCGAUGAUCAUCGGCAAUUGUUAUUCUGUUGAUCUUUGUGUCGUUCAACCACCUGCCACCACUUACUCAUUCAGAGGUAUACGUACUGCACUGGGGGAGCCACCAACAUUAGUGGAUCUUGCUUUCUUGGAUGGAAGGCUGUACGUGGUAUCUGGAUUUUUCAAGCUUUUCGUCGUUGAUUUUGGUGAGAACCUUGGUACUUAUCCAAAGAUGAAAUGCGUAAUUGACUCUGGUGGUGAUUGUGGAACGCCUCAAUACCUGUCUAAGAAGGUGCUUUAUGGACUCAGCCAGUAUUUAGUGGAAUGUGGUGGUAGGCUGCUGAUGGUGCAAAGAUUUACACACUCACAGGGUUUUAGGAAUUCUCACACUGUUGGAUUUAAUGUCCUUGAGGCAGACUUGCGCACUAACCCUGGUCAGUGGAGAACGGUGAGUGAUUUGGGUGGCCAUGCCCUCUUUCUUGGUAAGCAAAGCUCGAAGUCCCUGCCUGCUGGAGAAUGCAGUGGAUCCCAGGAGGACUGCAUCUACUUCAUCUGCGAUUAUCCUUGUCCAGAGUCUUCUGCAGAACCUCUUCGCGACGCUGGCAUAUAUAACGUGAGAAGUGGGAUGAUAAUGCCAUUGCAUUCAAGGAAUCCUGCGGUACCGCAACGCCAAGCUGGUCAGUGGGGCCUGACCUGGUUUUUUCCUUCUGAAGCUAUAUGAUCAACCCAGAAGGAUUUUUUUAGUCUUUUGUGGUCAACCAACAUGCCUGGGUUCUUCUCAUCUUUAUCUUACUAAUAUGUUAUUGUGUGGACUUAAUUAGUAUAUGAUGGUGUGCACUUUUAAGUCACUUGGUGACAAUAAUGGGUUCAUGUAAUCGAAUGCUUAAACCUUUCGUUGUGGAAACUUGAUGUUUUA